UAUGCCACUUCAGGUUAGCUCACUGCCGAGUACACAACUGUUCUACUUAUAGUCCUUGCUUAUACGUUGCUGUAGAAUGUCUACCAAAGAAACAUAGAACACCGAAGCUCUGUUCAAAAAAUUUCAAUCGUACUUUGAUCAGAAAUUCGAAUCGAUCUCCAACCAUAGCAAAAAUGACAAUGCUUCUAUACUAGAGUUAAGAAACAAGUUAGAGGCUCAAGAUCUCAAAAGAUCCGGAAACUCCGCCCCAUACGAAUUCUGCGGGAAAAUUCAAAUCCUGACCAACAAAAUCAAGUUGUCUCUCUUAGCCAAGGACGACCUCACAUCAGCAAUAGAAACCAUACAAGAACUUGAGGAGAUCACCGCCGAUCGAAAACAAAAAAUUCAGAUCGCAGAUUCUAGCAAAGCAGGCUGGAUCACGGUACAGCAUAUGGAGAAAGGAACUGGCAAGAAUCAAUCCCCCGAAAAACAAAAGAGGAUACUAGCAGCAGAAGAAUCGGCCCUCAAGGAGCUGGAGAACAGAAAGCGACAGAAGAAAACAACAACUGAUCGACAACAUGAGGGUUUACUUAGCUCGGCUAAUCAUAGCCUUUUUCGAGGCUUGCCAAAUGAUUUCUGCUACAUCUGCAAGGCACCAGGACAUUGGGCACGAGAAUGUCCUCUGCAUAGACGACAGCACAUCCCUUUCGGGAGUAGAGCAAGAGCAAAUCCACUCAGUUCCACAUACACCAACUACUACUCCAGCGUACCAUGGCAAAUCCCUCCCAUCCACCAGUCACUUCCACUCAUUUCACCCGCAGCACAUACAGCAGUCAUCCCAGCAAAACCAAGCUCCGGUACAAGCACUUCAAUUUGAGCAUUCAGCUCGUGUCACACAGAUACAAGACAAAUUCGACGACGUAUUACAGAUAGUUUUACGACAUAGUUUUUGGUCGGAAUUUCCUCAGCAAAUUCAAGGUUUCAAGAUGCGCACCUUUCGAGACAUGCUGACGGCUAAGGCAGACGGUACUAUUACCUGUUACCUUUACAAAUGUCGAGAAUUCUUCUCGUGGCUUAAAAAGCUGAAUCUUCCAGUGAAGUUGCCAGUCAGAGAGGAAUUCAUUGCCACUUUCAUUGUUGAUAAGGCAUCUGUCUCUACAUCAGACAGCACCAUCAUUACAUUGGCCUCAGCUAUUAAAUGGCUACAUUCACUAGUCAACUGCAAUCCAAAUCCUGUAGACACUUCAAUAGUGCAAAACGUUGUUGUUAGUCAGAAGCGUAACCUUCACAAACCACCUCAGCAAAAAGAACCGAUUUCUUUUGAGAUAGUUCAGUCCAUCGCACACUUCUUUGGUAACCCUAAUUGUAAUUUGAUGCAGCUUUGAACGGCAUGUUAUGUUGUCCUGAAAUUUACUCUCCUUUUUCGACAUGAUGAGAUGGCUCAAAUUAAGGCAAGUCACAUACAAAUGCUACCUAAUGACGCGGGUUUAAGUAUCUUCAUUCUUCGAUCUAAAACGGAUAUCUUUAGGGAAGGCAACAGGGCUUACAUUUCAGAUACGAAAGAAUUUUACACUCCUGUUCAAAUCCUAAAAAGAUACCUAGAGAUGUGUAAAAUUUAUAUUGGACAAGACGUUUACAUCUUCACUCCGCUAUCCUUUCAUUCAAAAUCGAACUCCUACACUCCAGUAGGGGAUAGACCUCUGAGUUACACACGAUGUAGAGAGAUAUUUUUAGACGCUUUGAAACAAAUUGGAAUAACAAAUCCCAACAGAUUCGGUCUUCACAGUAUGCGUUCGGGGGGUGCUUCACACUUAGCUAAUCAUGAUGUGUCUGUACAACAACAUGGAAGGUGGAAAACUACAGAGGCUAAGAAUAGGUACAUACAUAGAAACAUCGAAAAACGUCUCCAUGUCUCAAUGGUUCUACAGAAUAUGUAAGCGCUUCUAUCCACAUGUAAAUACUGCAUUAUCUAAUUCAAUUAAUUUAUUUAUCAUGAAGAUGUAUCAUGUAUUAUCAUUGUUCACGUAUAAUCAGUAAAUAAGAAACAAAACUGCCAGAUUUCAUAUCAGAAUUCUAUGGAUGAAGGGCCAAGGAGGACAAAGAUUUGUGAAAGCUAAUAAUGUGUUACUUUGUAUUUAAAAUAUAUCUAAUUAGAAAUUAUUGUUAUAUGCAUGAACGUAUUCCUAUUAAUAAUCAAUGAUGGUCUUCGGACUGGGACCAAAGGGCCAAGAAGGCCAUGCUCCAUGAUUGAACAGGUACCGGAUAUAAUGCAAAGAACUGUGCAGUGAAUUUGUAUAUGUAAAAGAGAUCCGGACAGAGUCCGAAGGGCCGAGAGGGCCAUGUUCCAGGUACAACGAGAGUAUAAUAUAAUUCAAGAAAUUGUUUUGCAGUUUGUACUAAUUUAAUGGAGAUCCGGACAGAGUCCGAAGGGCCGAGAGGGCCAUGUUCCCAGGUGGAACGAGUGUAAAUUAUAAUUCAAGAAAUUAUUUUACAGUUUGUACUAAUUUAAUGGAGAUUCGGACAGAGUCCGAAGGGCCGAGAGGGCCAUGUUACAAGGUGGAAUAAAUUCUGUCAAUUUAAUAAUUAACAAGUAAUUAACUAAUUAAAAUCUAAUUGCACAGUAAAAAAUUUGUAAUCUUACAGACAAACACAAGUGUACUCGUCACUCUGAGACUAACCCCAAUCCCAUGCUAAUAAAUUAAAUAGAAAUGAAA